AUGCAUUUCGUCAAAUUUUGUGCCGCUAUCUCCCUAAUCUCUUCAACUAUUGCACUGCCCAUUACUGGCACAUCAAUAGCGAAAAGAGACUUGCAAUUCCGCAAAUAUGCCGAUUUUCAGAUUUCUAGUGGGGAAGCGGGAAAUGCCUUGAGUGAAGCUCAAGCAAAAUUUCCGAUUGAUACAAACAAUUUGAAAGGUGUCUCCAGUUCAGAUCUAGCUAUUAUCAACGCAGCUCGGGAGACUGCAGAGGCUGCUGAAACAGACGCCUUUAAUGGUCAAAUUAAAGCUGCCAGCGGCGCUGCGGCAACAGCACUUCAGAAUGGCAAGAUUAAAAACAAGGUUUUGAAACUAUUCUUGGAGGUGUCAGCUCUUCAAAUCCAACAAGCUCAAGGAGCGGAUAACCAGGACAAAAUUGAUGAAGAAACGAAAAAACUCAAUAAUAAUAUCAGCUUGGAUAAAAAGGCGGCUGGACAGACGAGUAAAGCAGUUACUUUCACAGGAGAUGUUCAACCAAAAAACUAA